AUGGCGGCCUCCUUGAGAAAAUUAUCAUUGAGUAAUUCGGUCAGCCACAUAAGGCCUAAUGUUCAUAAUCAGCCGACAUGUCCAGUCCGACAGAUCUCUUGUGAUCGCACGCUCUUAGCAAAGUUUUCUGAUGCACACAGACAAGAACUUGAGAAAGAAGCACAACCAAGUGUUGAAUCUACCCUUUUACAUAAAGAUUACUUUGGAGUCAAGAAACUAGUCACAUUGCAGGAUUUGUUUCAUGCCAGAGUCCAUCUUGGUCACAAUGCAGGACUUCGUCAUGUUUCCAUGACACCUUUUAUUUUUGGAGAGCGCCAGAGUGCAGACAUAAUCAAUUUAGAACACACAUUACCUUUGCUUCACCAUGCCCUUAAUGUGUUUGCUCAUAUUGUGUAUCGUGGGGGCAUUGUUCUCUUCCUGUCGCGGAACAUGCAGAUACUUCCAUGGGUGGAACGUAUGGCUAAAGAUGUUGGAGAGUAUUCUCAUUGCCGGCCAUGGAAAAGAGGAACAUUCACAGAUGCAGCAAACGUGUUUGGAACUCUGCCCAUCUACCCAGAUGUCUGUGUCUUUUUCAACACUCAGGAUACAGUCUUUGAAGUUCACAGGGGUAUUGUGGAGUCAGCAAAACUUCUGGUUCCAACAAUUGCAAUUGUAGACACCAACUGUGACAUCAGUAAUGUGACGUACCCUGUGCCGGGAAAUGAUGACAGCCCUGCCUCUCAGCGUCUUUUUAUAGACCUCUUCAGAAAAACCACUCUUCUGGCAAAGGAGAAAAGAAAGGAGGAUGGCCUAGUUUAA